AUGGAGGUGGCUGAGAGCAGAGAACAGGCCUCCGUUGGUCCGUCAACGGGGCCAGACUCCAUGCCCAAUGGAGAUCGGAAUCCCUUUCUAGACGACCCCCUCAUGGACGACGAUGGACGCUCAAGUAGUUUGAGUGAGAUCGACGAUGUCUCGGAGAAUGAGCCCUCAGACUUCGAAGACCCGAGCAAAUCGGACAAGCCAAUGGAGAACGAUUCGGAGGCGGAGACCGAGCGCAUCGAGGAUUCUCCUCACAAUAUCCGAAAGCGCGACAUUGUGCUAAGUGCUGGCAGUGCCGGACCUAGUCCGAGCAAGCUCCACCAAUCUACGACACUUGACGAUGUCGACGACGAAGCGCCGGAGGACUCACCUAGUAAGCGACGUCCUUCUAAGAACAAUGGCUUGGGCAGUGACAUCCCCGACCUCGGUGAUGUCGAGCUCCCAGACAGCAUUAGCAAGAAGCGAAAACGCGUCGAGGCCGGUGAUGAAACCGGCACUGAGGUGGGCGAUGAUGAACCUAUGAAGAAGCGCCGAAGCUCAAUCAAGAGCGACUUGAGCGACCCGAUCGAUGACGAUACCCCCCUCUCCCCCGAGCCGCUCGAAGAUCAUAUGGCGAUCAACGAUGAUGACGCACCGGCUGAUGAUGCUCCCGAACUGGACCUCCCAGCCCCGCCUAUGAAAAGCAAAAAGGGCAAAAAGGGUAAGCGGAAGGGAAGACGGGCCCAAGACGCAGAUGAGGAGACGGAAACUGGUGGUGCCGAUGCCACUGCAGAGGACGUCGCUGAUGAGAUUCUUGGAGAAGACGAAGAGCCUACGGAACGAGGCGAUGAACCCGACGACGCGGAAGCAACGGUUCGAGCUGAAGAAGAGUCUGUCAAAAAGAUGUCUGCUCUGGAUUCUCUGGCGACACUAGAGAAGGAAUUUGCGACAUUACGUGACAAGAUUUAUGAUGAACGGAUAUCUAAACUCAACCGAGAACUCGAGAUGCUGACUGGUCCGAAUCCGACACAUCCCGAGUAUCUGCGUCAGAUCGAAUGUGUGCAACGUUACCGGGAUGCCAAGAUCAAGUACGAGGGUAACUUGUAUAAAUACCGGAUGAAGUCGUUGCUCAACAAGGGCCUGGCGGAACGGGCUCAGGCACACAGCACAUACUUCCAACGAGUCCGAGAUGUGCGCGAGAAGCAUUCGAGUGACAUCAGCAAGCAGUUCUAUGCCAUUCAGCAUGAUCGCUUCAAGACCGAUGAACUCAGUCCGCAUCAUAUCAUCGCGUUCCCUACUCGUCGUUCACAGCAGAUCGCGCACCAGACGGCAUAUAACCAGGAGGUUUCAAUCAUGGCUGGUGUUGCGAAGUAUGUUGGCUUCCCCGCUGCUCCAAGCUUGUUGGGAGCACGCCCUACAGAACUUGAUGACGACCUGGAAAAGAUGGGGAUUACUAUCGAGUCUCGUGCCUCGGCUCCAAGGCAUUCAUCAGCGAUGCCUGCCCGCACUGCUAUAUCUGCCAUGUCUACGAAUGCCUUCCGCGCUGCCGAAGAAGCGUUCCUAGAACAGACUCCCUGGGCAAAUCCCCAGCAUCCGAUCCAUCAGCAGCAGCAACAGCAUCAACAUCACCCCCAGCAACAUCGACCUCAAGGUCGUACUUUUGAGUAUCCGCAGCCAUCGUCAUAUACCACCCCCGCCGCCCAAAAGCGAAUGGUAGACAUAAAUGCACCAAAUGGAUCCGCAUCCACCAUCCCCGAAAAUGCCUCUGCGGCCAACUCAUCUGCCAACAAUACCCCCUACGGCAUGGAACAAGACCCGAGGCAUCAAACACAAGGGCCUUUCCGUAACCCUGACUAUGAUGCUGACCACGGUAAAUCUGGAUUCCGCUCUUUAAGUUCCUCUCCAUUGGAUGUGCGCAAAUCACAACCACACCUCCCCCACUCUCUUGAGCAGCGUUCUUCUGCUACCGACGUCCCCACGAACAACCAUAUCUUCUCUCCGCCUCCUGCGCGACAAGGCUUAUUCCAGCCAGCGGGUCUCAAACGGGAUAUCUCCCCAUCCCUCUCUUCCAAACCCGUUGAUGCGGUACACUACCGCCCCCAUCAGUCAGGAAUUGCAACAGGCUCUAGCUCAAAUCACAUGCCGACCCGCUAA